CUGAACACACUGGCGAUGGCUGAGGUGGGGCUGCUCUCCACACCCCAUCAUAUUGAGAUCAGCGAUGUGACCUGCGACUCGUUCCGGAUCACCUGGGACAUGACCCCUGAGGACGCGUCCCGAGUGACGCAUUACUUCAUCGACUUGAGCCGCAAAGAGGGCAGCGAACACAACCGCUUCAAGCACAGAGAUGUCCCCACCAAGCUAGUGACAAAAGCAGGACCUCUGCCGAUGGCUGUGAGAGGCCACUGGUUCCUGAGCCCUCGAACAGAGUACUGUGUGGCUGUUCAGACUGCCAUCAGACAGCCGGACGGAGACUAUCAGGUGUCUGAAUGGAGCCAAGUAGUAGAGUUCUGCACUGGAGAUUAUGCCAUGGAGCAUCUCCAGCAGCUGUUAGAUAAAGCUCAGGCUGCUGCAGGGAGGCUGCUCAGGUUCUCUGUCUUCUACCGCAAUCAGAAUCCUGAAUACUUCCAAUAUGUCAGGUCAGAGUGUGGAGGUGCAAUGCUCCCAUCUUUCAAAGACAACAGUGGAAGUCAUGGCUCCCCCAUCAAUGGAAAGCUCCGUGGCGUCUUCCUCAGCUGCAGCACAGAGUUCGACACAGGCCUCCCUCCCAAAGACUCCCCAUACGGCCCUCUGCGUUUCCAAAUAUCUGCCGAUCGUGUCCUCACCCCAAGUACAAACCUCUACUUUGCUGACUUCUACUGCAUGUACACAGCGUACCAUUAUGUAGUGCUGGUGCUGGCCCCUGCUGGAUCGGAGGGGGAUAGCUUUUGCAACAGCCGCCUACCACGACUGGACCUGUCAAGCAAUCCCUUCCUGACAUUCACCCCUGGAGACGCACCGGCCUUCUGUCACGCCAGUGAUGUCAUUCUGGAGGUGCUCUACACAGAGCCCUUGCUACUGGAGCACGGCAUACUCGCUCAGAUCAGCGGCCAUCACCAGCUCAUGAGUCUUUCCACCGCAAAUGCCAAAAAAGACCCAAGCUGUAAGGUGUGCAAUAUCAGCGUGGGCCGCUGAGCUGUGAAUGGCAGCUAUCACUGGAAGUGCAACCGGAAACCGGAUCGUGAGGACCUCACUGGUCUGGAAAUGGACCCAUAGUCCUAAUAAGGAUCUGAAUAAAUAUUCACUUAUGAAAAUUUGAAAAUACACCAAAGGCAUUGCACAAAAGAGGCAAUUAAAAAUCUAAA